AUGCGAUCCACACAGCUCUUCUUCCUAGCAUGCUUCACAGUCCUCGUGAGCGGGCACAUGUCAAUGACAGAUCCACCGCCCCUCCUCGACCCUAAGAACCCAAACACCAAGAAUGGCGACUACGACUAUACCGCCCCCCUCUCAAAGAGUGGCACCAACUUCCCCUGCAAAGGCCACCACAAAGUAAUGGGCACCCCAGAAGGAGCCUCCGUCGCCUCUUGGGCGGCAGGUUCUCAGCAGUCCUUCACCAUCGGUGGUGGGGCAUCACACAGCGGCGGGAGUUGUCAAGCAGUGCUAUCCGAAGAUGGCGGUAAGAGCUGGAAGGUCAUGGCUUCAUAUGUUGGUGGUUGCCCGGCAUCUGCGCAAGCUUACUCCUUCACUGUUCCCUCUGAAGCAAAAAGCGGAGAAGCCCUAUUCGGUUGGAGUUGGUUCAACAAGGUGGGAAACCGCGAGAUGUACAUGAACUGCGCGGCGGUCACUAUCACGGGCGGGGGUGGAGCCGGGCUUAGCAGCUAUCCGGAUAUGUUUACAGCGAAUAUUGGUAAUGGAUGCUCCACUACUGAGGGGGGCGAUGUUUUGUUCCCAAAUCCCGGAAAGAAUCUUGUCAAUUCAUCCACGAAGACUGCCCCUCCGGCCGGGAGCUGCGCGGGAGGAGGUGGCGGUUCAUCUGGCUCUUCAAAUGGUGAACCUGGUGGUUCCGGUUCUGGUUCCGAUUCCGGUUCUGGUUCUGGUUCUGGUUCUGGUUCUGGUGCCGGUGCUGGUGCUGGUGCUGGAAGUAGCUCAUCAGUCACUAUUCCAACUACCCCGUCCCAGACUUCGAAAUCAAACGGCCCUUCCGGCACAGGCUCUUCCGGUUCUGGUUCUGGUUCCGGUUCCGGUUCUGGUGCUGGUGCUGGUGCUGGUUCCGGAAGUGGCCCAUCGGCCACUACUCCUACCACCCCGUCCAAGACUUCGAAAUCAAAUGGCCCUUCCGGCACACCCUCUUCGGGAUCUGGCUCCCCCGGCUCGGGCGUAGGAUCGGGCGCAGGAUCGGGUGCAGGAUCUUCGAUUAUUUCCUCAUCUGCCCCAUCAGCGUCCCCUAGCUCACUCAAAAAGCAACCUACCACGACUGCCAUCGCAAACCCUUCCUCGCCCUCAGCUGUCAAGCCAACAAUCACCACCUCGGCACAAGCUCCAGUGGUGACCGCUUCAGGCGAAAACGGUGAUGUCAAGCCCACCACAACCGGAGUUGUUUCCAAGAUUCCUAAUCUCACCACUACUGCCGCUCCCAGCUUCACUUCCGCGUCUAAGGGGAAGUGUAGGUGUGAAUGCAACGGGCGGGUAUUCAGUAUUGGGGAAUUUUAA